CAUCCACGCGCGUGCGAGUGUCUCCCGCGCACUGCUCUGUGCUGAGUCCCGCGUGUUUGUUUACAAGCCAAGUUUGUGACAAGAAACUUUACAGCGACUGUCUUCAUGGACUUGGAUAACUAUUAUUUUUUUAUUGUUUUGGAAUUUAUCCUGGAGUUGUUUUCGAUUUAAAUGACCAGAGCUCAACCACAAACAUCAACUUUUAGAGUUAUGAUUUGUAAUCGUGUCUAUUGAAGAAACAUGUGUCUGAUUUAGUACAAUUUAUACUGUGAAUCGUAUCAAUCGUAUGUGACAAUGUAAACAUUAUGCACAAUGUUCAUAUUGAGUGAGGUACAGUGAGUGAUCAGUGAACCGCCGGGUACAGUGCAGGACACGUACAGUGGUGACCAUGCGGAGCGCGAGCGCGCGGCUGUUGCUGCUGACUCUACUGCCGCUAGUCGGUUGGCGCGGCGGCGACUGCGAGGUGGUGACGGCGCGCUUGCCUCCCCCCGCGCCCCCCGCGCCCCGCUUCCUGCCCGCCGUGACGUCACUGCUGGCGGCUCGCGGGGAUGACGUCACCUUCGAGUGCCCAGUCCAGAACCUGAAGGAGACCACGGUGUCGUGGGUGCGGUCGCGCGACCUGCAGAUCCUGGCGGCGGGCGGCAUGGUGUUCACGAUGGACGCGCGCGUGCACGUGUCGGCCCCGGCCCGGACCGGCACGGACGCGGACCGGGCCGGCACGGACGCGGUCACGCACCGGCUCACGCUCGGGGAGGUGCGGCUAUCCGACGCCGGCCGCUACGAGUGCCAGCUCAACACCGAGCCCAAGAUGAGCCUCUUCUUUAACCUCACCGUGCUGGAGUCUCCGCUGCCGGUGUUGGAGGUGUCGAUCGCGGGCGCGCGGCGGCGGCGCUACCGGCGCGGGGACGCGGCGCGGCUGCGCUGUGCGGCGCGCUGGCGGGGCAGGGGCCGCGCGGGGGACGCGGGGGGUGCGGGGGGCGCGGGGGAAGACGCGCUGCUGUACCCCCCGCUGCAGAUCGACUGGUACCUCGGAGACACACCCAUUGACCUGCAGCUCUCCGGCGGCGUGUCCCUCGAGUCCCGCGUGACGUCACGCGGCGCGAGCUCGGAGCUGCGCCUGCCCGCGCGCGCCGGCCGGUACGCGUGUCGUGCCCGCGCCGGACCGGACCCGCACGGACACACUGCGAGCGACGCCGUGAACGUCGACGUGGACGAUGAUGAUCCUCAGAUGGACGCGAUGCAACGCGACCAGUCGCUGUCGGCGCGCCCCUCCCCCGCGCCCCCCGCGCCCGCCGCCGCCCCCGCCGUGUUGGCGCCCCUACUGCUGCUCACGGCCUGGCUCGCCGUCUGGUGACAUCGCUGCUGACGAGUGCAGAUGCAAUAUACCAUACUCGUGCAAUAAUUGUGAAUCUUGUUAAAUAAUUGUGCGCGUACCGCCGUGGAUUCAAGUCACUGGUGUGUCGUUGAUCUCGCGGCGGAAACUUCGGGCUGAAACAAUUCCCUUCUGUAUAUUUUGCUCCAUUAGCGGUGUAAAUUCUUGCCAUUGUACAUACUCGUAAAUAUGACUAAUGUAAUGAUAAAUAAUUUAAUGUAACGGAAUGUAAAUAAUUUUGAAACUAAGCAAUAAAUUAAUUCCAACGACA